GUCGAGUGAAAACUGAGGGGAAUCAGUUCUUUAUAUAUUUAUUUAUAUUUUCUUUUUCCUUUACUCUUUCCAUUUUCAAGCAUCGAAACAGCGUCAAAGCCCAACCCGUUUGAGUUCUCACAAGAAUGGAGAAGACAACACUUAAAGUUCGAUGCCAGAGGAUUGGGUGCGACGCCACCUUCUCCGAGGACGACAAUCCCGACGGUUCCUGUCGAUACCAUGAUUCGGGGCCUAUAUUUCAUGAUGGAACAAAAGAAUGGAGUUGUUGCAAGAAAAGAAGUCAUGAUUUUAGCUUGUUUUUGGAAAUUCCGGGAUGUAAGACUGGAAAACAUACAGCAGUCAAGCAAGUAAUUGCUCCAGUGAAGAAGAACACCUCGCCCUCUCCAACUGCUGUUUCUUCAACCAAUGCUUCAUCAAAGGACUCUUGUUCUAGAUGUAGGCAGGGUUUCUUUUGCUCAGAUCAUGGUUCUCAAAGCAAACCAGUUAACGUUGUAGACAAGUCCCCAAAUCUUGUUGGAGAUGUCUCUGCUAUUAACAAUUCAAGUGUUCAGGCUCCCAAACCUAAGAAGAUAGUCGAUAUAAAUGAGCCCCAAGUAUGUAAAAAUAAAGGAUGCGGUCAAACUUUCAAGGAAAAGGAUAAUCAUGACACUGCUUGCAGCUACCAUCCCGGCCCUGCUGUUUUUCAUGACCGGAUGAGAGGGUGGAAGUGCUGUGAUAUUCAUGUAAAAGAAUUUGAUGAGUUUAUGAACAUUCCUCCAUGCUCAAAGGGAUGGCAUAGUGCAGAUCCAGAGUCCUGAUCACGGAAGACACAGAAGAACCUUUUUUUUCCUUACAGUAGCUGAUACUUUCAUUGAGAUGGAAAAGGUAUUGUUGAUUGAUGUUUUGGUGUCAUUGAUUAAAUAUUAGUGUCUACUCUUUUUGCAUACCUCGCCUCCUUUCAAUUGGCCAUCCUUGAUUGUUAAUUUUCUUAGUCAAUCCAUCUGGAUGGUUAUUGUGUUACUGUACUGUGUGAAUCUGUUUUCCUUAGUUCUUCGAAUGUCGUAAUUUGCUUUUGUUGGACUGUGUUGGACUUGGCUAAUCUUGAAAGAUGUUAAACAAUGGUUCCAUUCA